GUGGUUGACUGUGGUGAAGAGUAGACUACAAGCUUGUCGCUCUCGGACGAGGCCCGCAUGCCAGCCAGCCCCUGAUCCCUCGCCGCGCCGGCCACUCGCGGGGACAGCCGAGUGAUGGAUCCGGGAGGCCAGCAGCCCGGUCGGUGGUUGGCGCUCGGAUGAGGAGUCCUUGUAUCGGAUAUUCGAUCAGCGCGUGACCCGGGAGCGGUCCUUAGCUUGCGUUCCCCGAUGGUGCCGGCGGAUCGAAGCCUCCAGGGGCGGGCGGCAUGGCCGCUGAGGCGUUCCGCAGGAGCCUGAAAUGGUGCCCGGAGCGAAGGCGCAUUUCGGUCGGUGUUGCCUCGAAGGGCGCGCUGGGCGAGGCUAUGUCGGAGGGGCGGAAGGGAGCCUCUGCCUGCCUGCCGAAGGGACUCUGGGCCGACCGCCACGCAGUGUAAGCAGCGUCGGAAGGAACAUGGUUUGACCCCUCGUUAGGCGGGGCGUUCUCUCCUUGAGGGAUACGAAAGGGAGAGGAGGAGGAAAAAAAGAAAAGAGAAAGGAGAGAAAAGGAAAGAGAAGGAAAAAUAAAGAGUGAAAUAGAGAGAAGAGAAAAGAGAAGGAAAAUUAAAGAGAGUGAAAAGAGAGAAGAGGAAAGAGAAGGAAAAAAUAGUGUGAAAAAGAGAGAAAGAAGAGGAAAGAAGAAAAGAAAGAAAGUGAAAGGAGAGAAGCAAGUCAAUAAUCUGAACCUCGCCGACCUCGUUCGAAAAAUGAGGUUCUUACCCCGCUGGUGCGUGAAGACCUCCUCCGUGAGCCCCUCGCCCAGCGCCAUCAGGAGCUCGAAUGGAGAGGGCGAGAGGCGAGGGAGCGACAGGGUGGGCCUCGAGAACGGCGGGAUCUUCGACGACAGCACAGACAUCGAGGCGUUGGGCUUGGGUCGAAUCGACAAGACGCUGCGGCGGUCGAAGGGGGCGAGGACGCACCUGACGAACGCCCUAGCAACGGUCGUGGUCAUCGUGGCGGUGGGCGGCGGUUGGUACCUCUCUCGCGACUACCUCCGUCAGGUACUCCUGUGGGUAGCGGUGCAGGAGGCGUGGGCGGUCGUGCUUGUCUUCCUGGGGCUCUUCACCGUCGUCUCCUUCCCGUUCAUGUGGGGCUACAUCCUCGUGAACUUGUCCGCCGGCUACAUGUUCGGGACGUGGCGCGGGCUGGCCGUCGUCGUGUCUACCGCCACCGUCGCCGUCCUCCUCGUGCACACGCUCCUCCGCUGUUGUCUGAGGGAGUUCCUCCAGCGGCGUGUGAUGACUUCGAAAGUCCUGCGCGCCCUCCUGUCGGUGUUGGGCGGGAACCAGGCCUUCAAAGUCAUCGCCGUCACGCGCCUCACGCCCAUCCCUUUCGGGCUCCAGAAUGCGGUGUUUGCGGUGUCCCGUGUGUCGACUUGGAUGUACCUGUUUGCAACGGUACUUGGUUUGCUCCCAACCCAGAUCUUGAACUGCUACCUCGGUACAACUGUGAGGAGCUUGGAUGAGGUGGUGUCUGACUCCUCUUCUGCCACGGCUACGGGCUGGAUAGUAUUCGCGGCGCAGAUCAUCAUCAGCAUCUGCCUGACGCUGUGGGUCGUGCGCCGGGCCAAGGCGGAACUCCACAACACGAUGGCGUUACAGCUUUCGGACACCGUCUCGACCACGGCCUCCGCGAGCCUCCCCUGCACGCCCAAACGAGUUUCCAACACGUCCAGUUACCGAAGGGCAUCCCAUGCCGACGUCGCCACCAUCACAGCGCCAGGCGUCCUCGAGAACAACGUGUAUAAGGGCGGCGUCCCCGGCAGGAAGAACCGCAGUUCAAGUCUCUUUCUCGAGCUUCUUCCCAAUAAUUUGAAGCAUAUGGGCCUGAGCUACGGCGUCGAGGAGGAGAAGAGCAAUGCCCAUCCCAAGAGGGACUCCACCAAGGGGAAUCCCGGGGGCUCCCCAACCACCUGCUCCACCUCCUCGUCCUUCGUUCCACGCAGCUCCACCUCUUCCGCCUCCCGCAGCUCUUCCACGGACGAUGACUUCAUCCUCGUCUCCGCUCCUGACCAUCCUGCGUGAGACUAGCAUCCUUGGGAGGUCACUUCGGAGGUCAAACGAGGUCGUGGGAGCUGAUGCCAGGGGAAUAAAAAGAGACGCGAGACGAUUAAAGGCCUUUAGUAGCGGGGCAGUGUGAUGGGAAGAUUGUCCACUAGUUGGCAUUGGUUUCGAAUAGCCUUGUUGCGAGUGUUUUGUUUUAUCAUUAUGAUAACUGUUUUUGAGAUUUUUUUUUAUAGCUUUACCGGAAAGAAAAUGGAUUGGUGCCACGUUGUGAUUGAAAUCAUGUCAUUCAGAAACAAAGUACAUUUCUUUGUGGUUCAUUCCAUCCCACCCUUUUGUUAUACCCUUGCUUCCACCUUGCUCAACACGCACAUGCAGCAUUUUUUUUUUUUUUUUUUUUUUUUUUUUUUUUUUUAGUUUUCAGUGGCUUUAUUCUGCAGAAUAUGGGUCUUUUGUCGUCGUAUGGAAUACAUAACUGCUUUUUGCCUCUUAUUUUAGUGUGAUUAAAUAUCUAGUUCAUUUUCGCUGUAUCGCUACCUCCCCUCUUCGUAACAUAUUUACCCCAAAACAAAAUACGAAAUGUCCAAAAGGUUCUCCCAUUUUAUCCUUAAAGGUAUUAUCCUUGCCACGCAGCUUAUAAUACUAUAUCCCUAGGAAGCCUCACUCCAACUAAAGUCAAUGUCCAGCAGCUUCCACAUCAUUAUCUCUAUGCAUUAUCUCUACUCAUCCAAACCGCCAUUCACGUCUCUAUAAACUCAUACCAAGCUAUUCUCUUAUUAUCUAAGCUACUCAAACAGUGUACAUUAUUCAAAACAGAGCCCUCUUCUUCACAAACAUUUUCCUCGAACCUUGCUGAUUUACAUGCAAAUCGCUUCCAACUCCUACAACAAGUGCCCUUAAUAAUACUGUAUGGUAUAUUUCAACCUCGCACUUUCCCAACACUUUUACGUUAUAUCUGCCCGAACUCUUCUAAACCAGGACUAUCUGCUCCACAUGCAAUUGACAAUAGGCUACGUUCUGAUUGUCACAAUAUCAGCCCUAGUAUAUACAAACAAACACAAUACACAAAAUAAGUGUAUUCUGUGAUGUGAUAACAUAUUUUGUGCAUACUUUUUGAGUCAUUAUAUCAACACGGUAAAGUAUUUUGGCAUUUAUAUAAUCCAUAUCAUCGUAUCAAAAGUUUAGACAUACCUAGGGUGUAUAUAAAUAUAGAACUUUGGUCAUGUCAGCCCUAAUAGGUACACAGGGAGAAACCUAACAUUAACGAAGGCUAAGUUAACAUUCCCCACACACUGACUCCCUCUUUCAAAGCACAGGCUCUGCACCUCUUCCCACUCUCUCCCAACAAACACUGGCACUCCUUGUGUUUUAUUUCAGCGUCUUAAGCAAGGCAAAUGGCAGAGAAUGUUUUGAGAAGUGAAUGAGUUUGUGGCUUAAAAAUUUCAGGUGUCUUUGGUGAUAUUACUAAAAAUAUUGUCUGUUGCAAGGGAAGUUUGGAAGAGGCUCUUAUAGUGAAUGUAGGUCCGCUCAUGGUACCAUGAAGCUCUACUGCUGUGAAGAACAUUUUAUCAUUUCACACGUAUGAAUUUCACAAACGGACUUAUCUUAAGAAAAUUAUCUGGUGCAAUUUAUCGGAUAUAGUAGUGAUGAUAAUCAUGAAAAAUCUCGUUGUCUUGUGGAAAUGAAAUCGGAAAUAAGAUGUAAAGGUGUAUAUUUGUGUACAAGUUUAGAGCAUUCGAAUGCGAGAACAAAGGACUAUAUGGAAAAAUAGCCAUGACUAAACUGUGAUUUUUGAGUGCCCAUGACAUUUCUCCAGGCCGGGAAUAAAUCGUGUAGUUCUUUACUACAUAUUAUUCCCAUGAAAUCUUCCAGUGUCUUACAGAUGAUGGACUGAAAACUACUAUUGAAACGCUGUGCAGUGUCUAUAUGCUGUUGGAAACGGUAGAUUUUGCAUUUGAAAUUCAGUACAAAUGAAAUCAUCAAUAUUUCUGCCGCAAGAAGUGAACUGAAAAUGUUUUUAUUAGUAAGCAUUGCAUUAUUCUUCCAUAGAAAAAAAAUUAAUUCAUGCUGAUUAGCUCAAGUAGAAUAUUUUCAGAUUAGGUUCCUUUGGAUGAACAAUCAAAGCAAAAUUACAGAAUAAAGUGGCAUAUAUUAUGAAGCUGAUAACCAACCAACUCAACCAUAUGUUUUAUAUACUUGAGCCCCUUAUAUCACAUUACUAUAUAUGAAUAUAUUAACUUAUCAUUUGUAUACAAUACUGAAGAGUAUAUUGAACAUACAUAUAUCACGCACAAUUCUAUUUACAAAUAUAAGUGAAUGAUUAAACAGUAUAUGGUUUUAAUACGAGGUAGAAGUAAUUCAAAUUAUUUAUGUAAAAAAAUCAAACUCAAAGUAAUUCUGAUUUUUUUUAGACCAAACAUUUCGCAUAUGAAUCCAUCCCAGACUGAUGUAAUGCUUUCCUUUUUCUGGUCAUAUAAGACGUGUGUGUUAACAUUAAUUUAGGCAUCACAAGUAGUGCCUUUUUGUAAGACUUGUGUACAUUACUCACAAGUAUUUGUUGUGUCUGUUUUGUAUGUCGGUUGUGCCGAGAGAGGCAGCCUGAUACUGUCAAACAAUACGAGGGGUAUUACAACAUCCAAUAACCGUAAAUGGUUGUAACUCAAGCACAACCAUAGAUAGAUAAUCAAUAGUUAUCAAUCAGGGAGUAUGCUGACUGCUGAAUAAUUGUGUCAUGCGAAUCAUUCACGUAGAAUUAUCAAUCCUAGCAACUCAUGCGUCACAUCUACUCAACACCUCAAAUCGAUUUUAUUUGCUUCCUAUGUGUUUGUGUAUAUAUGAUUUGUCAUUACAUGUCAUUCAUGUAAGCGUGUAUCAACUUAGACGUUAACUAAACUGUGUGAUAAACCUACUGUGUUAUAAAUGGCAAUUGGUGAGUGUAAAAACGGACGGGUCUCAUGAGAUGCCAAAGGCCCCUUUGAUUGGUAGUUCCAAAAGGAAAUUUUAAUUUUUUGAUAAUCAGUUGUAAUAUUGUAAUAGAUUCACCCAGUAAUUUUGACAAAUCUAGUUCUUAGUGAAUAGUGCUUAUUUUCCCUCAUGGUGAAUAGAAGUCACAAUAAUAUUGGUAUUGGUGAUUUGUUUUAACCAAUCAGAGAGCUUUUAACGGCAUGAUAUUGUCCAACCGUUGGUACCGUUGCCGUUGACUGCUUCAUGAACACUUCCAAAAGUUAUAUGUAGAUACAUCACGCUUUGUAUAAGGAAUUUGUAGAAAGUUGGAUAGAUACUUUAUGUGAUAUUUGUACAAACCAGAAAUAAUAAUAAAAAGAUAUAUAAAUUUACAAAUCAUUA